CUCAGCGAUACAUAUAAAGCUAUUUUCCUUGAUUGUGGAUAACAAACUCCCAUUCAUCCGCCCAUUCAUCAACAGUAAACCCUGCAAGCCAAAAUUUACAUAGGAAACUUAAAUACAGUCAGAUUCAUCCACCAUGGCCGUCCGUACUCAAUUUGAAAACUCCACCGACAUCGGUGUCUUCUCGAAGCUCACAAACUCCUACUGCCUCACCGCCCUCGCCUCAUCUACAAACUUCUACUCUGUCUUCGAGUCUGAACUUUCCGAUGUGAUUCCCAUUAUCCACACCACCAUCGGUGGUACCCGUAUCAUCGGCCGUCUUACCGCAGGUAACCGACACGGUCUCCUCGUCCCCUCCACCACCACCGACCAAGAACUCCAGCACCUCCGAAACUCCCUCCCUCCUACCGUCGCCAUCCAGCGUGUCGAAGAACGUCUGUCUGCCCUCGGCAACGUCAUUGCGUGUAACGAUUACGUGGCGCUUGUCCACCCCGACAUAGAUCGAGAGACUGAGGAGAUCAUCGCGGACACCCUCAAGGUCGAGGUUUUCAGGCAGACGAUCGCGUCCAACGUCCUUGUGGGAUCCUACUGUUCUUUGAGCAACCAGGGUGGUUUGGUACACCCCAAGACGUCGAGGUCCGAGUUGGACGAGCUGUCGUCGUUGUUGCAAGUGCCGCUUGUGGCUGGUACGGUGAACCGAGGAAGUGAGGUGAUUGGUGCCGGGUUGGUCGUCAACGAUUGGUGUGCGUUCACUGGUUUGGACACUACCGCUACCGAGGUCAGCGUUAUUGAGGCUACUUUCCGAUUGCAAGGACAGACCUCUGCCGCCGUCAUCAAUGAAAUGCGAGACUCCCUCAUCGACCACUACGCCUAAGCUUUUUCCGCAUACCUAUACCUAUUCUUAUUCUAUUCUUCUGCGCCUCUUAACCUCUACAUCUUUUCUAUCCCUAUGUUGGUAUAAUAGAGCGUAAAUUGGGUGGUACUUCGUGGAGUGGUCUCAGAGAAGAAGUCGGGGAUGUAACGAUAGAGUGGAAUAUGUGCAGCCAGCUCUUCUAGCCUUUCAUAUCACAAUGUACAUUCGCAUGACCUUGG